GCGGGCAGAGCCGAACGGAGCUGAGAGGAGCCGAACCAAACGGAGUCGGGACGGAGCGGGCAGAGCCGAGAUGAGCCGAACGGAGCCGAACCGACCCGACCCGAGCUGAGAGGGCAGAGCCGAACCGAACCGAGUCGGGAAGGGGCGGGCAGAGCCGAACUGACCAGAACAGAGCCGAGCACGGCCGAACGGAGCCGAACCGACCCGAACCGAGCUGGGAGGGAGGAGCCGAACCGAGCCGAGCCGAAUCGGGACGAGGAGGGCAGAGCCGAGGAGACCCGAACAUAGCCGAACCGAGCCGAAUCGAACCGAGCACAGCCGAACCGACCAGAACAGCCGAACCGAGCCGAGCACAGCCGAGCCGAGCCGAACCGGUCCUAACAUAGCCGAGUAGACCCGAACCCGGGCGAACCGAGCCGAGCCGAGCCGGGCCGAGCGCUGCCGUUGGAUCCCAGCGUGAAGCUCAUCCCGGAGGAGCCCGGUGCCUCCAGCAACAUUCCUGGCGGGUUUCCCGGCUCCUCGAUGCGACUGGAGCCGCGGCGGCUGCUGGAUGCCCGCGCCGCGCUUCCAGAGGGCGGGAAGGCCGGAGGACGUCGGGAUCCGUGAGCGGAGAGCGAAGGUUUGGGAUCGGCUCGACGGGAUUUCUCCGGCUUUGCUUCGUGAUUCCGGAUCCGCCGGGAUCGGCGUCGCCUCGGGAACCCCACCCCGUCGUUCCAGCGUCCCCUUUGGAUGCUGAGACACCCCCGGGAACACCGGGAACAUGGAGAUGAUCCCCAAACUCCCAUCCCUGCCUCCGGAACGCGCCGCCGAGCGCCGGCAAAGCAGCGGGAGACAGGGCUAAAGCCGCGGCCCCCCAGCGGGGGGGGGUGAUGCUGGUGGCGCAUCCGGCUCCCGCUGCCCCCGUUCCCGCCGGGAGCCGCCGGCCAUGGCGGAGCACCGGGAGCUGGUGGCCGAGCUGGCGGCCGCGGCGCGGCUCAGCGCUCCCGAGCGGCUGCGGCAGGCGCGGGAGCGCCGCGCGCGGCAGCUCCGCAGCUGGGCACAGGCCGAGCGGGAGGCGCCGGGAAGCGGCGCCGGGAGGAGGAGCAGGAAAAGCCGCGGGAAGAGGGUGACGUUCCCGGACAGCGUCCGGCUCCUGGAAGCGGCCGCGCGGCACGAUGCCGAGGAAGUCCGGCAGCUCCUGGCCAGCGGCGUCAGCCCCGACCUGUGCAACGAGGACGGUCUCACCGCGCUGCACCAGUGCUGCAUCGAUGGCUGCGGGGACGUGGUGACGGCGCUGGUGGACGCCGGCGCCGCCGUCAACGCGGCGGACAGCGAGCUCUGGACCCCGCUCCACGCCGCCGCCACCUGCGGCCACCGGCGCCUGCUCCAGCUCCUCGUCCAGCGCGGUGCCGACCUGCUGGCCCUCAACUCCGAUGGGAACAUGCCCUACGACCUGUGCGAGGACGAGGAGACGCUGGAAUGCCUGGAGAGCGCCAUGGCCGAGCAGGGGAUCACGCAGGAGAGGAUCGAGGAGGCUCGUGCGGCGCCGGAGCGCGGGAUGCUGCAGGAGAUCCAGCGCCUCCUGGAUGCCGGAGGGGACCUGGAUGCGCCGCGGGGACACGGAGCCACCUUGCUCCACGUGGCCGCGGCCAACGGGUACGUGGAGGCGGCGGAGCUGCUGCUGGAGCAUCGCGCCGGGAUCGGCGUCCGGGACUGGGAUGGAUGGGAACCGCUGCACGCUGCUGCCUGCUGGGGGCAGCUGCCGCUGCUGGAGCUGUUGGUCGCUCACGGAGCCGACGUCGAUGCCAGGUCGGAGCUGGACGAGACGCCGCUGGACGUCUGUGCGGACGAGCAGACCCGCUCCAAGCUGCUGGAGCUGAAGCAGCACCGCGCCGCCGUGCUGAAAUCCCAGGAAAAGCACAAAUCCCUGCUCCAGCGCCGCGCUUCCAGCGCCGGCAGCCGCGGGAAGCUCGUGCGCCGCGUGAGCCUCUCGGAGCGCAGCAGCCGGUACCGGCGGGAGCUGGAGCGCGAGGCGCUCGUGUGGCAGCGCCGCGGGAGCCCCGAGGACAUUCCCGGCGGGAACGGGGCCGGGACGGAGCCGCCGGAGCCGGCGCAACCCAACGGCGCCCUCGGCGCGCCCCACACCUUGCCCGACCUCAAGCGGCUCCGGGCGGCCUCCAAGUGCCAGCGGCAGGAUCGGGAUCAGGACCGGGACCAGGAUCAGGAUCGGGAUCAGGACCGGGAUCGGGAUCGGGAUCCGGAGCCGUUCCCGGCUGAGCCACCGCUCCUGAAGCUGACGGCGCCCGUGGAGGAGGCUCCGGGCGGGAAGCGCCGGUGCUGCCGGGUGAUGUGACAGCGCCGCCGGAGCCGGGAAUGUUCGGGAUCAGGGAUCUGGAAUCAAGGAUCCGGGAUCCGGAAUCAGGGAUCCGGAAUCAGGGAUCCAGGAUCUGGGAUCAAGGAUCCAGGACCCGGGAUCCUGAAUCUGGAAUCAAGGAUCCGGAAUCAGGGAUCCGGGAUCUGGAAUCAAGGAUCCGGGAUCUGGAAUCAGGGAUCCGGGAUCUGGGAUCUGGGAUCCGGACGUUUUUCUUCCUAAAUAUUCCAGGUUUUUCAGUGGU